CAAGAUGUCUGGCUACAGGCGCUUAGUCGACUGAUUCGAUGUCCAGGUUGCUCGCCGACCUCCUCCUCGCAGGCGGAUCUACCGAGAGAAGAGGAGCGUUUAUUAUAUCUGGUCUGGUAGCGCCGUUUUUCCUAUUGCCCUUGCAUGGUGCUUCUUCUGCCGUCUGUGCUCUUCUUGUUGUGUCUGCUCUGCUGGUCUCACGAUGCGACGCUCAACCAACAGACAAUGAAGCGGUAGCAUCCUCUCAACGUUGGCCUCACCCUUUGGAUACCCCAGGCGUUUCUUUUUUUGUCCUUUUUCGUGUCUUUUGCUCCACCUCAAUUCGAUACCCCUCGCCUCUUCCGUGAAGAAGGCAAUUCUCGAGUACUGCGAGUGUAUAGAUACGCCAUUCCGUGUUUGAAUCAUGGCUUCGCAAUCAACCUCUGGCGGUGCCAGCUUCUCACUCUUCCCCAAUCCUAAUUUCUCCAAGCCUAUGCCACGUACUGGCCAGACACCUCGGACCCGUCGUUCGGAGUCUCGUGAACGUCGAGUAGUUACACCGCAGCAGCAACUCCAAGACAGUCGUGCUCCAACGCCUGGUGCUUCGUCUUCACCAGUGCUUGCUCCUGUAUCAUCGCCUCAGAACGGCCGGCAGACGCCACAACAGAGGACACAUACCCCUCUAGAGACCAAUCAUCCCCUUGAAGCAGUAUCAGAGGCAGCUCUGGAUCAUAACCCUCCAUCGACUGCGAACAUAGAAGAGCAGCCGCUUGAUACACCCGGCGCGGACUCUAGUCGCCCCCGCCUGACCAUCGAAGUUCCUAGGCGAGCAGAUGCUCCCAUUUUGCCACCUCAGGUAUUACCAGGCAACAGCAGUAAUCGGCCGCAGAAUUAUAUCGCCAAACCUCUUCUAUUAUUUGACAGCCCGCCAUCGUUUGCACCGCCGCCGGCAGCGCCGCCAGCAUUGCGGUCCAUGUUUCCAACAUACAAUCCUGAUUUGCCCCUUGAUCAACAAAACUACGGUCCAAUUCAGAUGAAUCCUUCUGGAAUGCCUAGGGCUGUUGUCAGUCGCCAGAGCUACUUCGAAGAUCCCGAGGCUGCAUCUGAACGUCCACCGGUCCGGAGUCCACCAUACAGAGUUCCUGCUCGCCCUCAGAAUCCUCCAGUCAUUCCUGCCAUUAGCACUACUGAACAGCUUCAAGACCUUUGGAAAGUCGCAAACGGCUGGCAAGCGUCUGGAUCAGAGGGACGUGUUUAUUGCUUAAAGUUGACGCAACAAAAAGAUGCUCCUGUCUACACUCUUUCCUCCACCUCCCAGCCUUUUUAUAGUCUUCGUUUGGAUCCUACAUCUGCUUCGGCCUACGUGUCACUCAGUAGGCACGACCCCAGCAAGAUUUACAAGGCUCCGAAAUCAGCGUCAGGCUCUCCCGCAAGUAUUUUUAAUGGCGUUCUAAGCGGCAACAACCGAGCCUCAGACAACAAACAUUGGCAAGAAGCGUUAACUACAACCCUCGAAGAAGAAUCUCGCAAGCAUUCCCCAAAUGAUGGUCUUGCUGCCCUGCUUAUGCCCUGCGCCGCGACAAAAAUCGUCUUGGACAGGGCAGACGACCCUGUUACAGUUGCAGCUGCAGAGAGGGAGUGUGGCAGACUUGUAUGGGAUGACGAUAGCGCAAGCCACUAUCUAGUACAUCCUGCCCUGGCAACGCCAUUCUGUGUUACUGUUGAAAAUUGCGCUGCCUGGUCUCGUGUCGAGUAUACACUGGAACAUCACGAAUCACCACAGCACCUCGCCAAGCUCACACGGGAUGGUGCCGGUAGUGGGUGGUUGGAAAUCGAUACUGGUGUUGCGUCAAAAAUCGAGUCAUUCUACAUUGUCGACGUGGCUAUUACAGCACUGCUUCUUGUCGCGGCCAUGGAAGAUAGGAACUCACCAAACACUGUCAUCGAGGCAUUCGAGGCGCCACCGGUACCGGAACCUCCUAGGCCAUCAAGAAGCUUGAGCAGUGCAUUGAGCCGACACCGUGACGAUGAGAGCAGCAAGAAGAGUAAAAAAGACAAGAAAGAUAAGAAACGCCAAAGGAUGGAGCAAUUCGAAAUUGACAUCGAGAGCCAGAAUGAUAGUUUAGGCAAGGGGAGCAAAAAGGCUGAAGCUGAAGAUAAACUGCCCUUCCUAAUACGGGUCAUCGUUAAGCUGGCAAAGGGGCUAUUUAACUGUUUUAUAUGGAUACUUACAAUUGGGUUUGCAUGUGUCAAAGGAGUAUUCAAGGUUCUUUAUAAAUGUGUGGGAUCCAAGUAUUAAUACGACGAUAUAUGAUGAUUUAAUGAUGACAAUGAGCUAUCAAACGCUUUGAUUUAGCGUAUUCGUGAUCACUUUAUAGAUUGUACAUACUGUAUUUACUGUUUGAG